UAGUUAAAAGAUAAAUACAUGGAGUAUUUAUUUACCAUUUACCAUUUGAGAGAGUUUCUCGGGUAGAGAAACUUGAAUUUUUUCAAAGAUUAGCAAUACAAAUGAUUCAUUAAUGGUUAAAAAAAAAUACAAAAUGAUGAUUGAUUAAUGUGAAAAUCAUACAGCAAACGUGGUGGCCGGAGCACCAUAGCACCAAUGCACCAUAGUUAGAAUACUACGUAGUCUAACAAUCUUUUCUCCUGCCAAAACCCAACUCAAAUCAAAUCCCAUUUUCUCUAGCUUUGUUGCUAAUCUGGGUUUUAUCUACCAAAUUAUCAAAAAUGAGGAUUCUUCAAUUUAUGAAGAGAAAUCUCAACCCUGUUUUUCACAUUACAAGAAACAAUUUUGAACCAAAAAUUGAAGAAUUUGGUCUAAGAUUUCUUCACAAAAGAGGGGUUUCCGCAUUAUCAUCAAGUAAAUUUAAGGAAGAUGACUCCAUUUUGCCAGUUUUGAUUGUGGGUGCUGGUCCUGUUGGUUUAUCUCUAUCUAUACUCCUCACCAAAUUAGGUGUCAGAUGUGCAGUCUUAGAGAAGAACACAGCUUUUUCUAGACAUCCUCAAGCUCAUUUUAUCAACAACAGAUCCAUGGAGGUCUUCCGCAAGCUGGAUUGUCUAGCUGAGGAGAUCCAGCAGUUUCAACCACCUGUAGAUUUGUGGAGAAAAUUCAUUUAUUGUACAUCACUAUCUGGUUCUGUCCUUGGUUCAGUUGAUCAUAUGCAACCUCAAGAUUUGGAGCGAGUUGCUAGCCCAGUUUCCGUUGCUCAUUUUUCUCAAUACAAGCUAAUCAGGUUACUGCUGAAGAAACUAGAAAAUCUUGACUUUAAAAUUCAUGAAGGCGAUAGAGAUAUUAAAGAGAGGAAGAUUUUGAUGGGCCACGAAUGCUUGUCCUUUGCUGUGACUGAUAAUUGUGUUAAUGUUACUUCUUCUUUUCACAAGGAUGGACGGACAUUAAAGAAAGAUAUCCAGUGUGGUUUUCUUAUUGGAACAGAUGGUGCGGGAAGUACAGUGAGGAAGCUUGCUGGAAUAGAGAUGGAAGGUGAAAGAGACUUGCAAAAGUUGGUGAGUGUGCAUUUUACAAGCCAAGCCCUGGGAAGAUAUCUACUCAAGGAAAGACCAGGCAUGCUUUUCUUUAUAUUCAACACUGAAGCAAUUGGAGUUCUUGUUGCUCAUGAUCUUCAGCAAGGGGAAUUUGUAUUGCAGGUACCAUAUUAUCCUCCACAGCAGAAUCUUGAAGAUUUUAGUCCCAAGAUGUGUGAGGAUUUAAUUUUUAAAUUGGUCGGUCAUGAGCUUGAAGAUAUAGCUGUAAUCGAUAUUAAGCCUUGGGUAAUGCAUGCUGAAGUUGCUGAGAAGUUCGACUUUAAUAACCAAGUCUUUCUAGCUGGUGAUGCUGCUCAUCGUUUUCCUCCAGCUGGUGGUUUUGGCAUGAAUACUGGGAUUCAGGAUGCUCAAAAUCUUGCUUGGAAGCUGGCAGCAGUUGUCAAUGGUAUUUCCCCAACCACACUUCUCAGCACAUAUGAAACAGAACGGAGGCCGAUAGCCAAAUUCAACACUGCACUCAGUGUUCAGAACUUUAGAGCAGCCAUGGAAGUCCCUGCUGCCCUUGGACUUGACCCUACUGUUGCAAACUCAGUUCAUCGUGUAAUUAAUGAUGGCCUCGGCUCAAUUCUACCAUCUGGAGCUCAGAGAGUGAUUUUGGAUGGGCUAUUCAGUAUAGGCCGAGCACAACUUUCACAAGCCAUUUUGAAUGAUAAAAACCCAGUUGGCCUGUCAAGGCUGGCCAGAUUAAAGCGUAUUUUCGAAGAAGGAAAGAGCCUUCAACUCCAGUUUCCUGCCGAGGAUCUUGGUUACAGAUACAAGGAGGGUGCUCUUGUAUUGGAUAAAAAUGUCAUACAUGAUGCUGAAAAUGUCCCCACUGGUCGUCGAAGGGAUUAUGUUCCAUCAUCAGAGCCAGGCUCACGGCUUCCCCAUAUGGAAGUGAAAUCAUUAUCAAGUGUUUCUGAUGAGGAUAACUUCUCUACAUUGGACCUUGUAUCGGGAGAUAAAGUCGAAUUUGUUCUCAUAAUAGCACCAGUGGAGUCUUCCUACAAUCUUGCUCAUGCAACACUGAAGGUAGCUGAUAAACUCAAAGUUCUUGUCAAGGUAUGCGUGAUAUGGCCAUACAACCGUGCCAAUAAUGCCGCACCAUGCUCAGUGGGGAAUUACAUUAACAUUGUAGAAGUGAAAAAGUCCCCAAACUUGCCAUCCUGGUGGGAUUUGUGUGGGAUGAAUGAUAGAGGAGCCAUUCUUGUCAGGCCAGAUGAGCAUAUUGCUUGGCGCGCAAUGUCAGAGAUCCGUUACCCCAGUUAUGAAAUGGACAAGGUUUUUUCUGUUGUUUUGGGACAUGCUUAUAAGAAGCCUGAAAAUAUUUUUGAUGCACAGGUAGAUUAAAGUCAUUUAACAAUGUUAGGGACAUUGUUAUAAAAGAUUUGAUAAUAAGAUUACGAAAGUUGGUAUUGUCAACAUAUCGUACAUUCCCAUACCCCAAAACCCCCGUGCCAGUGUGCUAAACUUGAUCGCAUUUCUGAAAAUGUUGUUGCUGCACUGGCUGUUUAAACAAUGUAUUAUCAUAGAAAAUACGAAGUAUUGUUUAUGAACCAGGUUGUUCCAAGGGCGAUUCUAAUUUGGACUAGUAUUUGCUAAUA